GUCAAAAUCCUAGCUUUGUCGCUCAAAUCUCGUCCCGCCCGCCCGGUUCCGUUUUCUUUUUGCGUCGAAAAAAAGACACAUCUAAAUCUCACCAGUCCGCUGGUGUCUCAACUGUAAAUUCUACCUCGUUUUCGGCCAGCCGCAACGCGUGAAUUGCGCGGAUUACCUGUUACCCAAUUCAGAUCUUGACGCUUUGCUUCAUUAGGUACAGUAGCAAAGAGAACCUUAAUCAAGAUGCCCCGCACCCCCCGCGUUCGUGCCUCGAGGCCCGCGGCGGCUCACAAGUCUUGCAUGCCGUGGAACGGCAUGCAGUGGGGCCAAGGCCGAGUCAAUAUCACACCCCGCCGCCUCACCGACGUCCGCGUCCUCGGGGCGCUCCGAUCACUCGGUGUCUCGAUCCGGAAGCGAGACGUCCAGAUCGAGCUUACCAACCUGGUGGAGGAGGCUACCGCCUUCGCCCAGCGCAUGGUUUGUGUCCCAGAUCGGGACAUCGAGCGAUCGGAGUUCUUGGCCAAAUUCCGUGGAGAGAACCGCCUUGGCGAGCUUCUCUCGCCUGCUCAAUUUGAGCAACUUUUCACGACGAUUGUAUUGGCCAGGUACCGGUACCUCGAGGACCGGUACCUGGAGGAUUUGCCGGUGGAGAGCCCGGCCACCCACUGCCACCUCGCCCGCGCUGUCGACGCCUUCGAGGCGACGGCGUGGUUCUGGUCGUCGGUCGAGGCGUUCCUCGAGGACGACCAAGGCCGGGGGGACGAUGCCGAAAGCCUCGCCGCCUUCUCGUCGGACUCCGACGAGAACGACCAGGACCGCGCAGCCGCCUCGUUGGCUGUCACCACCAUCGCCGCAGCCAACGACCCGGCGUACGUCUCCCUCGCCGCCGGUGUCGACGUGAUGGACCUCGACGAUGUCGCCGGGGACGUUGGCUCAGAGAUGGAGGUGGACGACUAG